GUGUGUAUAUAAAUUAAGAACGUAAGUGUUAGUUUUUAUUAAUUCACCCCACGAAUAAAAAGAGUGUAAAUAAAUAACGAAAAUCGUUACAGUAGUUUGAAGAAAUAAGAUUACUUUGAUAAGAAUAAACAUACUUUUAUAAGGAUUAUCAUAAAGGAAAUGGAAUGCAACGUAGUAUGUAUAUGUUAAAAAUGAAGAAGAAAUUAAGUUAUAAGGUUAUCAGAAUAUUAUGUCUAAUAUUCUGAUACUUGUCAAAAUAAAACUUUCAUUUUCAAAAAAUUUGCUAUUAUUAAAAUGGAAGAAGCAGCUUUACUUCAAAGAUUUUCUUCUACUAUACAAUAAAAUGACAGAAAUGUGUUUUAAAAGAUGUGUUGAUAAUGUAAAUAGUAGGACAUUGGAUGGACAAGAAGCGGAAUGUAUUGAAGAUUGCUCUUCAAAAUUUAUUAAAUAUAAUAACAGACUAAUGCAAAACUUUGUACAUGUUCAAACAGAAUUGGUAAAUAAACGAGUUGCAGAGGUUGAGAAACAGCAGUUGAAUUUAGAGGCAUCUUAGAUUUAUGUGUAUCUAUGAUUUAGAAUUAUUUUUAAAGGUACUAGUUGAGAUAGAUAAUGAAAAUUGAAGAAACUGACUCCAAACCCACCAAUUUCCUUCAAUUGAUAUAUCACAAUCAUCAAUAAAUUCAUUGUUUUAUAUUUAGUGCCAUAAUGUGAAAGCAUUUUUUAAAAUUUAAAUAGUAAAAUAAUUAAAAUACUGUUCUAGUU